AUGCAUACCAACAAGCGCGACGUGAGCGAUGUCUCAGUUCCUUUGUCGCGCUCGCCACUGGUCAGUAGAGCCUUUUUUAAUGGCUGCAUCCCAGCGUUGUGGAACGAACUAUCAUCUCUGGACCCCCUGCUACAUCUUGUACCCGACGACGUCUUACAAAAAGACUUCAUUGACAAUAAGUGGUCCUACAAAUCCUCCGGUAUUCUCACCCAACGAGACCUCAAUCGUCUCUACUUUUACGCCCCUCAUAUAUGCCAAAUUCAUGCCCACGGGCUUAGCCCAACCUAUGGCGCCAUCCAAGCCUUCGAUGCUAUCCUGAGAGGCACACACGCUGGACUUCUAGCACAUAUGAAAAUAUUGCUCCACAACGGUUUAACAAGUGUCGAGCUCCCAUACUACGGCACGGGUUUGCAGUCUGCUGUCUCUGCUCUCCUUGCAGCACCACCUCCCCUCCAAAAACUUGUUUACGUCGAUACGGCAAACAACACGAAAGAAUUUGAAAAGUCUGUCCAUCUGCUUCAGUCCAUUCGCGAUCUUACGGUUUCACUUCUUCACCCAAAUGCAAUGGAAGCUAUCGCCUCUUUACCAUUCUUGGAGUCCUUGAGUGUUGUGAUCAACGACUCACUCGACACACUACCGUACACCAUCACCUGCAUUCGUUCCAUAUCCUCACUCAAAAUAAUAAUGGAGAGGUCAUUUCUCUUUGGAGGUUUGGGCAAUACUAGCUUCGACGCUGCAAUGUGCCUGUUGCACGCGCUUCCCAUCCCUUGUCGGCAGCUUACUGUCGUAACCCCAGUUCACCUCGGGGGAGCCCAGUUGACAGAUUUUAUAUCUUCUCUUGCACAAGAAUUCAACGUGUCUGACCAAUCUAAAUUCUCCGUUAUCGACCUCAACCGUUUCUCGGUUGUUGUGGACACCCACCUGCUACACAACAGCAUCCCACUUCUGUCCCACUUUUUGGAACCUCUAUAUACGGUCCCUAUCACACAUAUCGACCUGAGGUGGUUUUCCAUGUGUGAUCUAGACGAUACAGCCUUAGAUUCACUCUCGCAUGGCCUCCCAAACCUGGAAUCGCUAUUCAUUGGCACGCACUGUUACUGGCCAGAUCCCCCAAGGACAUCUCUCGCUGGACUGUCUACGGUGUUGCGCAAUUGCCCGAGACUGAAAGAAUUGGGGCUGGUAUUUAACUGUAGCAUAGGUGCGCUAGACUUCGGGUUACUCCCAGUUAACACAUCGAUUACAACAUUGAACGUGGGUGUAUCCCCGCCAUACAACCCCAACGCCAUUUCCACUUUUCUCACCACCGCACUACCUUGCCUCAACAGGAUAGAGGUCGAGUCACACAACACAUCCUUUCCAGCUACAUACAACUUUAUGAAGUCAGGACCGUUGUCACCGGGAAUUUUGUUGGAACACCAUACUGGUCAAAUUUUUGCAGUACACAUUGACGCUCUAAAGUAA